AUGGCACCAACAACAACAUCUCCUCUCAUCAUCACUCUCUUCCUCUUCUUCUCCAUCUCUCCCCCCUCCCACUGCUUCAAAAUCACGACUAAACUCAUCCACCGCGACUCCUACUUCUCUCCCCUCUACAACGCCACCGCGACCACCGCCGACCGUGCCGGAAGGAUCCUCGAAGCGACCCUCGCCCGCUACGGUCACCUGAUCUCAUCGUACGACGACGACGAGCCGCUGGGUGUCGACAUCGAGGCCAGUGGGUCUUGGGGGACCAAGUUCAACAUAUUCUACGUCAAUUUCUCCAUCGGCGACCCGCCGGUGCCGCAGCUGGCCCUGAUGGACACCGGCAGCGACUUACUGUGGGUAAAAUGCCCGCCUUGCAGUCCUUGCUCUACCAGCUCUGGAGCCACAUACUUUUACUCCUUCAAUUCCAAGACUUACUCCCCACUCCCUUGUACUCAUGACUGCAAGAAAUGCACAGGUUGGUGGCCAUGGUCGCCAAAGCACUGCAUGUACACAAUAGACUACAUGGGAGGCCACAGUUCCGAGGGAGUCUACGCCACCGAGCAACUAACCUUUCAGACCUCCAACAAUGGCUUCGUCACCACCAUCCCAAAAGUCCUCUUCGGCUGUUCCACCAAGCUCACCGGCCCCGAAGGCCUCGACCCGCACGUCAACGGCGUUCUAGGGUUAAUCGCCGGAGCCGACACUCCCACCAUUCCUUACGGCCAUUUCUCUUUGGCCACCCGAUUGGGCACCAGCUUCUCAUACUGCGUCGACAGCCUGUCCGACCGCUACUACCCUCACAACCACUUAUCCUUCGGCGACGCCGUCGACCUGAUCGGCGAGACGACUCCCCUGUACCUUCAGGAUGACGGCAGGUACUGUGUUCACCUCUCCGGCAUCAGCUUAGAUGGGAAGACGCUGGACAUAGACAUCGACGUGUUCGCGAAGAUGGCUUUGAAGAACAAGAUCAUGAUGGACAGCGGGUCGGAGUUGUUUCUGCUCUACACAGAAGCUUUUGACGUGGUGAAGGCGGAGGUUGAGAGGUUGGCUUUCUUCGAGCUGAAGGCGGUGGCUCCGGUGAGGCCCCUGGAGCUGUGUUUCAGAGGGACGGUGGAGAAAGAUGCCGGAGGGUUUCCGACGCUGGGGAUUCAGUUCAUCGGUGGGGUGGAGUUGGUGUUGGAUCGGUUUGGGAUGUUCUUGCAGGUUAAGGAUGAUGUUUUCUGCUUGGCUGUUGUUAGGUCAAAGGGUGUGACGAUUAUUGGGAUGAUGGCUCAGCAGGGUUACAAUGUUGGGUAUGAUUUGGGAGCAAGGAGUGUGAGUUUCCAAAAAAUGGAUUGCCAACUUGUGGAAGGAUGA